AUGAAAAAGCAAAAGCGGUCGUCUGUUAAUCACAUCACAUUACCUCCUAUGAAAAAGAAAAAGCGGGCGGCUGUAACAGAGAAGACUCUGUCCACAGCCACUGACGACGACAGAAUAUCCCAACUGCCAAUAACUAUACUUCACCGCAUACUCUGUUCCCUCUCCCAGAAAGAAGCUGUCCGGACUUGUGUACUCUCCAAACAAUGGCGCCACGUAGGGUCAACCCGCCCCAACCUCAAGUUUUCCGAAGGAUGGUUCGACAACACACAACAAAACUUUGUCUCUGUACUCGACCGAACCCUACAAAGAUACUGUGAUCAAAACCUCUCUAUACACAAACUCUUUCUCAAUUUAUCGAGGCCCGACCCAGUCGACCGAACCCUCCAAGGAUACCUUGAUCAAAAUCUCUCCAUACACAAACUCCAUCUCGUCAUACCGAACCCCGACUCACGAUGGGCCAUCUCCCUUCUCGACCAAUGGCUGCGGAUAAUAGCUGCAUUCAACAUAAAAGCGUUCAAACUUAACAUUCCUUAUGUUACUCCGGCCCUGCCCUUGGCAAACUUCUUUUCCGAGUCCCUCGAAGAACUACACCUGAGAAAUUGCAAGCUGAGCCCAGUCGAGAGCAUGCGAUUCAAAAGUCUGCACACGCUCACCCUCGUGUGUGUCGAAGUUGAUUGUGGGACUUUAGAGACAAAAACGUUGGGAUGCCCUUUGCUUAGGCGCCUGGUCAUUAAUAAUUGUUUAGAGUUGAGAAACAUUUGGUUGAACGACGCGCCUGGGCUCAAGCACUUUGUAUUGUCUGGUUACGAGAGGAUUGAAGGGCGUAGCAUCAUAAUCAAUGUCCCGAAUAUCGAGACAAUCUUUAUCCAUGGCCAAUGGAUUUGGUCUGAUCACUACCGAAGCCCAUUCUUGUUUUCUGGUCUUACGAGUUUGCAUCUCGGUAAUGUGAUCCUGUCGAGCGAGUCAAUCGACCUAUUGUCGUUCGGCUGCCCGACUCUUGAGAGCUUGGUCAUAGAUAAUUGCUCAGGUUUUGAGGAAUUCCAUCUUGCAAGUGAUUCGGUCAAGCGGUUGACCAUCUCGACAAGCGAAAUAUUGCUAAAAGGAGUUACGAUUUAUGCCCCAAACAUUCUCAAUUUUAUGAUCAUUGCCCGUAUUCCCCAGGCGCUGGACACAUUCUCUUUCACGACCACUCCUUCCAAGGAGUGGGAUUCAAAUGUAAUCCUCUAUGUGUGGCAGGAUGAUCCCGAUUUCAACUCUAAUUCGUGGUUCCUUAAGCUGAGACGAAUGCUCAAGCCACUAAGUGGGUCUCGGAUUGAUCUGAUUCUGCAUAUGAACCAUGGUCGUCUGGAUGUGCCAUGUGGUGCUGUUGAAGACAGUCAUCUUCUCAGUGACGAGCCACCUGUGGUGGUGGAGAAUUUGGAAUUUACAACUUCUAAUUGUCGCACGGAAUCUUGGUACUCGGAGUUUACGAAUGAUUUGUUUCGUGUUUGUCGACCGACACACGUAUGGGAUCAUAGGCUCACGAGAAAGUCGGAGGUGGCCAGGAAUGAGAUGCUCUCAGAGUUUCAGUUCAACAUCUUGCUAGCAAACAUGAGCCUCGGGGCCUUUUGGCGGCACGAUCUGGAGCAAGUGCACGUGAAUACCGUCGAUGGGAAAAUAUGGCAGCUCGUGGAGUGGACAGACCUUUCAGAAUUGCGAAAGAGGACGCAUGACGGAGUAAUAUGCGUUAAGUUGAAAUGGAGUGGUCAGAAUUGUGAAACAGGACGUAUGGACGGACCUUUCCGAUAUUCGUACACUCCAGUUGUAGGCCUAGGUCUAUUUUCUUUCAUUUCAGGAGGUUUUCUAUCCCUCCAUCCAUUAAGCAAGGCAGUUGUCUUUGAUAUCAUUGCUUUGAAUCUUUCCAGAUCUGAGGACUUGAAUUGGUAA